AUGUUUGUCACUGGUGCUGAUGAAGAAGAUCCAAAGAUUACUGGAUGUCCUAGUGACAUUACUCUGAAUACUGAUUCCAGUUUACCAUAUACUAAUGCCACAUGGAUAGCUCCUAAUGCCACAGAUAAUUCAGGGAAUGUUACCUUAGUUUCUACACAUGAUUCUGGUGAUGAAGAAGAUCCAAAUAUCAUUGGAUGUCCUAGUAAAAUUACUGUGAAUACUACUGCUAUGUUACCAUAUGCUAAUGUGACAUGGAUAGCUCCUAAUGCCACAGAUAAUUCAGGGAAUGUUACCUUAGUUUCUACACAUGAUUCUGGUGGUGGGUUUAUAUUGACAACUACGACUGUUGUGUACACCGCUACUGAUCCAUACGGUAACCAAGCAAUUUGCUUCUUCAAUAUCACUGUAUCAGAUAUGGAACCUCCAGUUUUAUAUAAUUGUCCAAAUGACACAGUUAUUGGAACAGAUACGGGCCUUGCAACUCGUAAUUACAGUUGGACAGCACCAACAGCUGACGAUAAUGCCGAUGAUAAUCCAUGGAUAUCCUCAAACAUCUAUUCACCUCACGUGUUUGAAAUUGGUGUGCACAACAUCACAUUUAAUGCUACUGAUGACUCUGCCAAUGUUGCAACUUGUAGCUUUACUGUAGAUGUCAGAGAUAUGGAGCCCCCAUCAUUUAAUGGUACAUGCCCUUCCAGUCCAUUGGAGGUACCAACAGAUAUUGGUGAAAUGUUUGCAACUGUGAUGUGGAAUAUACCAACAGCAAUUGAUAAUGUGAAUGUGACUAUGAUUACUAACAGCAGUUAUCCUGGUCUUCAAGUGUAUUUCAAUUUGAGCUCUUUGUAUGAUCUGAAUGUAACAUACAUUGCGUUUGAUGAAGCUGUAAAUGAAGAAUUGUGCAACUUUUUAGUGAAAGUCAUUGGUAAGAAGGCUUAUUACUGGGAACUCCAUAUCUAUCUACAUAUAAAUGCACAAUGUACAGUAGAAUUUUAUAAGGGUAAAAAAACCCAACAUUUUUUAAGACUACUUUUGUCACAAAUAACAUAG